AUGGCACGGGGACUUCAGAAGAUCCAAUCGCAAAAGAAGAAUCAAGAAAGGCAAAACGCCAAAAAGAAUCCAUCUGAUAAUAAAAAGUCGGCGGAUGCGAAAUUGGCCUUCUCUUGUUGCGUUUGCAAAACACAGAUGCCUGAUCCCAAAACAUACAAGAUGCACUUCGAGAGCAAGCAUCCCAAAGCAGAGCUCCCAGCAGAACUUCGCGACCUUUAG